AUGAGGGGUUUGAUUGUGAGUACAGGCACAACGAGAAUGCAAGGCUCAAUCGAAGAGAUUACUAGUAUUGGUUGUUUGGAAACUAUGAUUUUAGAUAUCCUUAACAAGAUUGAACAGAUUAUUGAGCACUUUGAGCAGAGAGGCCAGCUUGCACAUGAUAGAGGAGGUGCCCUUGAUGUAGAGGAGGGGGCUGGUGGACAUGGAGGGGAUGGGAGGAGUGAACAUGGAGGAGGCAAUGGUGAUGGAGAGGAGGGGAGAGGUGGACAUGGAGGGGAUGGGAGGAGUGAACAUGGAGGAGGCAAUGGUGAUGGAGAGGAGGGGAGAGGUGGAAAUGGAGGAGACAAUGGUGAUGCAGACGGAGAGGAUGGGAGUGUUGAUGGAGGGGACGGUGAUGAAGGGGAUCACAGUGAUGGACAUGGAGGUGAAGACGAUGGAGAGGAAGGAACUGGUGGACAUGGGGGAGUUAUAGCUUGUCUGGUUGAUGGUAGUUCUCAGAUUGGGUCUGGAAGGUUGCCUUUAUUCCUAAAGUCAGAUGCUCUCUCUAGCAAUGCUGUCAUUAGAGCAUUCCUCUCAUUCUCAUCGUUAUCAUUCGAACCAGGGCUAGCCGAGACAAUUUGA